ACUCUUUCUUUAAGUUUCACUUUCUGCUCUCUGUAAACGUAGACUACUGUAUUUACGAAAGUAAAGCGGAAAUACGGCCUCGAAUGUUUUUUUAUUUAUUUCGGUUAGGUACUUGACAGCUACAACUGCAGCAACGGCGGACACUAAUUUACCAAAUUAUUGACUUCAAUCAUCUAUUUAGUGUUCGAUCAGAUAAGAUCUUUCUCUUUCCUUCCUCCAUCUUCGAGCUCAGCUUGUCCACACAGCAGGUUUGUUCCAAAUCUUUCACAAGGAGAAGUCAUGUCACGAUUAUUGGGUGAAAUAAGGCGCAGCAACAAAGCAGCCGCUGAAACGUUGGAAAAGACAGAUUUGCGCACUGACUCGGACAUCCAGUCACUGACUCGAGAAGAACUGCACGAGCUGUUUCCUGGACAUAAGCAUUUCAAACUGAGAAGGACCAUCUUUGACAUAAUACAAAAACAGAAGCCAGUUGAUGUGAUCCUAAGAGAACUGAAAGGGUUCAUCCCACAGGAAUCUUUCAGGACUGCUCUAACCAACAACGGAGUCUUGGUUGAUUACCUCCGUAUCCUGAAGGACAUUAAGACCCAAAUAAAUAAUGUCCAGAGUUUCCUUGAUGCUCACAUCGCUGUUCUGGAAGAAUUCAGCAAAAAUCCGCCAGAUCAGGAGUCAGCCUCCUGUAAUCCCGUGAAGCAAUCCUAUGGCCAACCUGAUGGCCCUUCACAAGGAGCACGAGGUACAGGUACCUCGGACACCAGUGGUCAAGUGAUGCUCCAUACUGGCCAAACUGGUGGCCAUCCACAAGGUCCUCAAAGGUCUUUUGCAGAUCCAAGUACUUCAAACAUCUUCAGCAUGGAGCGCUACAAUAGCCCAACUAAUGUACAAAGAAGACGAACCACAUUGGAGUACAAGAUGAUUGUUGGCGGUAAAACCUUUGAUGCACAUCAACAGCUGAUGGAGAAAGUUCAGGAUCAGGUUCGGCUCAUUGAAAGCAGUCAGGAUUACAAGGUCACUUUUGUCUUCUGCCCGAUCAGUUCACGCGUUGCAUCAGAUGUUGAGGCAGCCAUGACUGAUGUUAGAGAUGAUAAACCUGUCAUUCUGGUGUUGAUGCACCACACACGGGAGGUCAAGUACACAACAUCUAUGAGAACAUGGCCUCACUACGCUAAUGUUGUGUUGCAUGUCAACGUUUUCUACCAUGAGACAGUGCGUGGAUUACUGAGGGAUCAACAAAAUGAUGCUGCUGUUACCCAGAUACAAAACAAAUUACUGGAGUGUUUUGUUCCAAAAAGUGAAGAUUCCAGUGGAAAUGCUCAGGGUGGGGAUGCUGAAAGUGGUUUGGCUUGCAAUACUUCUGUUAGAGGUGGUGGUAACAACAGGCCUUCUGAAGCUAACAGUUAUAGCAGUGUUUUUAAUAUAUUUAAAAGGUCGUAAAUCUUGUUGGUGGCAACAGGCUGUGUUGGGGGGUGUCCAUGAUGUUAAUAUUGAAGUUCACAUCCCAAGUAAAACAACAUUUAAUGGAUUGCAUCAGCAGCAAAAAUAAAUCAAUACAAAAAAUAUUGAUUUAGACCAUUUACUGUUUGCAGAAAACAUGUUAUCCUCCUUGGUAAAAUAAGAUCAGCUACUGGUUGUGGUCUAAUGGUGUCAUGUAUUCGUGUUAAUCAUGGGUGUAAAUACUGUAGCUAAACAGAGUUCUCUGUCCAUUUCCUGCUAUUGUGUUUCUAAAGCUACAACAUGUGACUUGUGUUUGGUAACUUUUGAUGCAAACAGUCAACACUUAAAAAAACUUUGACUUAUUUAAAAUAUGAGUCAGACUUUAUACUGUAGAUCAAAGAAAAGAACAAUGUUGACUUAAGUAUUUCAGCUGCUGUUAACCAUCAGACUUUACGGAGAGUUUUGGUUUAAAGUAAGUAAAAAAAAUGUAACUUACAAAACCUUAUAAUGAAACAGAAUUUCUAUAAUCAAAUGUCCCGUGUUCAGUUCACCAGCUGUGACUGUUGUUUGUGUAUAUUAGUAAGACUUGAAUGUACAUUAAGUGAUGAAAGAGUGCAAAGGCCGCAAAGUAGGAACUUACAAAUUAUCUUUGUGUGUUUAUCUACUGUAGGACAGAUAAGAUAUUUUUUGCAUUAAAGCAUGAAUGUGCAUUUUUGCUUUACCUUAUUGCAAAAUCAUGUUGCAGGAAGCGUAUGUAAGAUGUGAUGAUUACUAUACCUAACACAUGUAACAAUAAACUGCAAGUAUGGGUCUAA